AUGGCCAAUAAGCGCAGAAAGACAGGCAGAAUUCCUGACAAAGCAGCCGUGGUAAUGGCAACCGAGCCUGACACAGACGAGUGGGGGCCGCCCAGGGAUGAAAUAGGCGCUACGCUGACACAGGUGCUGCGCCGAUCCCAGCGUACACCAAAGAAAGGCACGCCAGUGAAGAAGACCACAGCGAGCAUGGCUGCGCCCCGAAGGCAGAAGGCAAGGGUGGUUCGGCCACCGAUUCCGCCUGGCGAUCAAGUGGGUACCAGGUCGAUGGAAAGGCGGCCGAAGCAACCUGAGGUGUUAGACUCUGACAUCCGUGGUUCGAUUGAGGUCAUGGUUGAAAAGGCAAAGCCUGCCGACACCUCAGGGCCGGCAGACUCGCUGGAACCGGACUCUAGACAGAAGGAUCUAGCUAUUGUAAAUUCAGAUGUUGAGCAGCAAGGCACUCCGACUCCAGAUCAACAGAAGGCGCUGCCGCAGGACACAGAAGCACCAGAACCUGACAGCAGGCACCAGGAGGAAACCGAGACGAGAUCCCUGCAAGGCGUAGACGGCGUAGCAGCAAUGUUUGAUGAAGAUGAACCCACUAUUUCAGACAGAUCCGGCGCUGCUGCGGAAAAGACAGUGGCUGAACACACUACCAUUAGUGUCGAUGACGACAGCAUAGAUGCAGAACCACCGAAAUCGCCAGCACCCAAGAGCCAAGCGAUGACAAAUAUCAACAAUGAUACUGAUGAUCUUGACAAUGACGAUGUGUUUAUGGACCAAGAGAGCGCGCAAAACUACCGGCGACUGAUGGCGAAGGAGCGGCGGAAACGGCGAGCAUCUCGGCUGGCUCAGAGGACUGCCCAGAAUCCAGUGCCGCGCCGCGUAGUCGGCAUACCCCAAUCCAAUAUCAGCAGCUUUUCAGAGGAAGACAUGCCUGCGGAUCCGCUCAAUGCACCGAGUAGUCUCAGGAAGACAAGGGCUCGAAGCCAGCGGCUGUUGAUUAGCGAUUCCGAGGACACUGGUGGCGAGGAUCCGAGUGAUAUUUUGGAUUCACAGGCGGUGUUGAGUCGCCGGCUGCGGCCAAAGGGCGAGGCUGCCAACAGGUUUGAGCUGGCGCAGCAGAAGAUGCACGAGAUCUCGUACGACACUGAGUCUGAUGACAAUGGCGUCGACAGCAUUGGCGAGUUUGAGUCGCAGGAGCGGGUGGCAGUUGAUGCGGUUGAGUCAGACUCUGACAUCAACACCAAGCGCGUGGCCAGAGCGCUGAUUAUCCACGAUACAAGUGACGAAGAGGAUGACUUUGUGUUGGAGCCUGAGGAAGAAGCAGCGCCGGCAGUUCCACCGCAGAACAUUGACAAGGUGAACAAGUUCCUGGGCAUGUUUGAGUCACGCAGACGAAAGCAGAUGCAGAGCAGGCUGCAGCAGUCGACGACCCGACGACAAGCAGGCGCCUGGAGCAGGCCCAAGGCCUCUUUUGGCGCUCUGGGCGAGGAGAUCAUUGAUGACUCUGACGACGAUGCUGAUCUGGCCGAUUUUAUUGUUGAUGACGACGACGGCGACGACAUCAACGCCAACGAGCACGCAGCACGUGUCACGCUGGAUGAUCGGGUGCGUGAUGCAGUUGCGCAGAUGCCAGAGGAGUUCAGCCAGCUCGAUUUGCCAACAUCGUUCAAGACCUAUGUCCAAUACCUCGUGCACUGGAUCUGCAAUGGGCGCAAGGCGCCAGGUUUCAGCGACGACGAGUCCCGGUACUUCUUUUUGGGCUAUGUCACAGUCAACCGCGCACUGGAGACGCUGGAGCAGAGCCUAGUGUCGAGCACUGCAUGGCUGGACAGCUUCCGGGACGACCUCAGCAGCUACCCAAACAUCGCUGUGUCCCGGAUUGCCGGCGUCCCAGGGUGCGAAGCAUGCCAUUUCCGCGAUAACCGCACCGCGACAUUCUGCAUAAUGUUCUCAGGCACGCCGUACCAGCGGGACAUUCUGGUGCCGCCGAACCGGGCAGUGCCUAACGACGGCAGCGUUGUGUCCAUCGACUCUGAAGAAGAAGUGGAAGGCCGGCCGGUCGAGUACAAUGUCGGCCGAGUGUGCAAGAGCCGGGCGCAGCUGUACCACGAGCUGCACCACUACUUUUACAGCUUGUCGUACAUGGUUGAGGCUGAUCUGGCACAGCUUGCCAUCGGCGAUGAUCGUGACGCUGAGGAGCUGGUUGUGCUGCUGGAGCAGAGGCGAUGCAUUGAGAGGCACUACUUUGGGUUCAAGGAGCUACUGGAGCGGUCCAAGCACGGCUUUGCAUCAUAG